AUGAUGAAUCAACAAACUAUUGAGCUAACUGCCGUAACAAUUGUGUUGCGCGAGCAACACGCGUUGGCUGGAUGCUCUCAUGUGGCCGACAUGAUAAGUGAAUACUUGGACUUUUCGCACAAAUGGACGAUAGAGCGUGCUGCCUGUAACGGAUAUAUGACGUUGCUUGGACACUUGGGAAAGAAGGAGCUGCCUAUAUCACCACGGGAGCUGGAUUGGGCGCUGCGCACUGCUGCAGACCGGGGCGACCUGCGUGUUGUCAAGUGGUUGACUGCCUAUCAGCCUGACAUGGAGUGCUCCACGCAAGUUAUGGACUCGGCAGCUCUACGUGGCCAUCUAAGUAUUGUAAAGUGGCUGCACUCUUACCGUGAUGAAGGUUGUACGACUGCAGCGAUGGACAGCGCUGCCGCUUACGGUCGAUUGGAUGUAGUUCAAUGGUUGCACGAAAACCGAUCGGAGGGCUGCACUACUGCUGCUAUGGACAGUGCGGCAGCUGGAGGAUACCUCAAGACCGUGCAAUGGCUCACGGCUAAUCGCAAGGAAGGCUGCACGAGUAUUGCGUCGCACUUUGCGCUUUUGAAUGGCCACAUGCAUAUUCUGCGGUGGCUCAACGAACAGAAUGUGGAGGUGCAAGACAGAAAUCAAGGGACGGGUACCCGGUUGCCAGCGCGAUGGUCUCGUAGAGAAAGGCGUCUGAGUGCCACUCUAGUGGAAACACCACGGCAGCGCCCUCGCCGGUUGAGCAUGGGCCUCUUGUGCCGGAACUGA